AUGUCUCCAAGAAAUAUUUUCUUGAUAAGCUCCCGAAAUACUGAAGCACAGCGGUCGCACUUUGCAAUAUUUGUUCCUGCCGCCGAGCACCCCGAUCGAGGAACGUUGAUACAAGCCGUCGGAGCACCUAUGACAGGCUACGUCCUAGAAUUGAAGCGUAACUAUGCACCAAAGGAUGAUUCGACGGAGAAGUACAGGAUGAUUGAGAUUGGCCAUGUUGACUCUACGAAAAUCAUUGAUUCUUCAUCGGGAGUGAAAGAGAGCGACGGGAUCCCGAGAGGAGAAAUCGAGUUCGCAGCGUCUGAGAUACCUACACCCGGGAUCGGUGAUAACUAUCUAGCGCCAGUCAAUGAUAUAACCAAUAAGAGAUGCCAGGAAUGGACGAUGGAGUUUGUUCGGCAUCUUGUCGGUAAACACCUUAUCGAACCGGAAGCUAUUCAAAUAGUCCAGUCUCAGCGGGACCCAUCAUCCCAUGGUAUUGGGCUGCAGCCCACUCUUCGUCGUUAA